AUGGCGUCGCCUUCCGUUCCUGGCGCUGGAUCUCAGCCGUCUGAUUUAGAAUCCGGUCCGCCUCCCAUCGUUCUCCCCGCAAAUGCAGCAUUGCGGUCCCCUCCCCUUCCACCGCGCUCCGCCACUGUCGGCGGUCGUCCGCCGCUCCCCCCCGCCUCCUCUGAAUCAGUGUCGGAGGGGCCCUCCGCGGCCGCCUCUCCCGUCCGCGGCGGGCGUUACCCCGCCGCAGCCUACACUCCGCGCCCCUCCGCGUCGUACUCGCCGCCCACGUCCGGCGGAACCGGCUACUCCACGCGCCCCGCGCCGACCCCGCGCGCGAUUCUGCUGCAGCGGUCGCGGUCGGGCGUGCUGAUCGGCGCGCGGUCGUUCGGCGGAACGCAGCUGCCGUGGGAGCCGCCGAAGCGCAAGCCGCCGCAUCACACGGCGGAGGUGGGCGCGAGCGACGCCGUGGCGCAGAGCCUGGACUACGAGCUCGCGGAGUCGGAGGAGGCGAGGCGGCGGACAGGCUGGGGCCAAGUGGGCGCUCCUGCUGCUCAUCGGCUCAUCUGUUGCGUCACAGACCGUUUCCCUCCGGUUAGAAGAGUUGGAGGAGGCGGCGCGGUGGACAGGCUGGGGCUGUGGAAGGCGAUAGCGUACACAGCAGCCAAUUGGGCUGGAGGAAUCGGAGGAAGCGCAGGCGGCGGACAGGCUGGGACUGGGGGAGGCGAUGAUAGAGUACACGGCGGGCAAGUGGGCGCUCCUGGUGCUCAUCGGGUGCAUUUUGGACAGAGUCCCCUUGCCUCCCUCUCCCCCUAUCUUCUUCCCUCUUCCUCUCUUCCCCUCUCCCUCUUCCCCCCUCCUAGAUUAGAGGAAUCAGAGGAGGCGAGAGCGGCGGAUAAGCUGGGCCUGGGCGAGGCGAUGGAGUACACGGCAGCCAAGUGGGUGCUGGUGCUGCUCAUCGGGUGCAUGACGGGCGGUGCGGCCUUCCUGAUCAACAUGGUGGUGGAGAAUGCCAUGGGGGUCAAGCUCGCGCUCACCAUCGAGCUGCUCAAUGGGGGGAGCCCAUUUCUGGCAGUGCUGGUGUACUCGUUACUGAGUGCUCUGCUAGUGGCAGCAUCAGCGGCACUCUGUGUGUUUGUGGCGCCAGCAGCAGCGGGGUCGGGGAUUCCCGAGGUGCGGGCAUACCUCAACGGCGUGGACAUGCCACAAGUGCUCUCGCCACUCACUCUGCUCGUUAAGGUCGGUCAAUGCCUUGUCAAUUCCCUGGUCAGUGUUAGUCAGUGGCUGGUCAACACGAGUCAGUGCCUGGUCAUCAUGAGUCAUGCUAACCGCACUCACUCAGUGGCAAACAGCCUCACCGCUUCCCACCCCUCUUCACGAACCCCCCUCUCUCUCCUUCAGAUACUAGGCAGCAUGUGGGCAGAGGAAGGCGGGCUAGCCCUGGAUCUUGGGCAGCAUGGGGGCGGAAGCGGGCGGGCUAGCCCUGGCAUGGGGGCGGAGGCCGGAGGGCUAGCGCUGGGCAAGGAGGGUCCGCUGGUGCACAUCGGCGUGACUCUUGACAUGGGGGCGGAAGCAGGAGGGCUAGCGCUGGGCAAGGAGGGCCCUCUGGUGCACAUCGGCGCCGCCAUCGCUGCUCUCUUUGGCCGCGGCUCCAUUCGUGACUGGCUUGCUCGCCGGGCUGCCGCGGGUACAUCUGGGGGUGGGGAUGCAAGCGGGGGUGGCGGCCCGGAUGGAAAGAAGGAGGCUCCGUUGCGGGCAGCAGCAGCAGCAGCAGGGACAGGAGGAGUGUCUGAGCCGCUGCUUGCACAGGGUACCACAGAGACCAGCACGGCCAGGGGAGGAGCGGGAGGAGGAAGGGGGAAGGAGGGGGAGCGGCGGCAGUGGUGGCUGCUGUAUUCGGACUGGCUGCGUUUCUUUGACAACGACCGGGCGCGUCACGACCUCGUCACUAUUGGUGCCGGGGCCGGGGUGGCCGCUGCUUUCCAGUGCCCCUUGGGGGGGAUACUCUUUGCUCUCGAGGAACUCACCUCCUGUGGCUUGGCCGCUGGGUGUCAAUGCCCGCUGGGUGGCAAUGGCAUCAUUGCGGGCCUUCAGGAGCUCACCUCCUGGUGGGUGCUGCUGCUCUCGCACGGGGUUGCUAUCAUUAUGCUGCUGCUGGUCGUGUGCGUGUGCCCCAUGCUGUGGCCCAUGCUGUGGCCCAUGCUGUGGCCCAUGCUGUGGCCCAUGCUGUGGCCCAUGCUGUGGCCCAUGCUGUGGCCCAUGCUGUGGCCCAUGCUGUGGCCCAUGCUGUUGCCCAUGCUGUGGCCCAUGCUGUGCCCCAUGCUGUGGCCCGAGUA